AUGAAGAUCCAGCUUCUAUUGUCAGUUAUGACUCUUGGUCUUGCUCUUGGCGAACCAAUCCCCAAACAGGCUCUCUCGCAAAGACAGACAGACAAUACCUGCCCCAAAAUGAGCUGCACAGAAUUUAGUAGCCGCCGUUAUCGAUUGUCAGAAUAUAUAUCUUCCUUCUACCGUAAUGCAUAUCAUGGCAAAGUGAGCGAUGACACCGAGAAACAGGUAGAGAAAAUCCGCGCUGAUAUUAAGAAACUCGAGGCCUGCAGACCUAAGGAUUGUGGUGCUUAG